UUGCAUUGAAGAAGAGAAGAUGGGUUUGCUUGAAUUCAAGGCUUUUCUAAAAUUGAGUGAUGAGAAUGUAGAUAUUCUUCUCCCUUCAUGGAUUGAUAACAACAUUAGUGAAUGUUGUAAUUGGGAGCGAGUUGUUUGCGAUCCCACCACAGGUCGAGUUCAGAAGCUUUCCCUCAACAAUAUAAGGCAACACCAACUUUUGUUGGAUCACUAUGGUUGGUUCAAUUAUGAAAAUGACAAAUUGUGGUUAAUAAAUGUCUCUAUAUUCCUUCCUUUUGAAGAGCUUCACAAUCUGAAUUUGUCUGCAAACUCAUUUGAUGGGUUAAUUGAGAAUGAAGGAUUUAAAGGGUUGUCAAUUUUAAAGAAAUUGGAGAUCUUGGACAUAAGUGGUAAUGAGUUUGACAGAAGUGCCUUAAAAUCUUUGGGCUCAAUAACAUCACUCAAGACAUUGGCUCUUCGCAGCAUGGGACUGGAUGGAUCUUUUCCCAUUCAAGAAUUUGCUAGUUUGAGAAAUUUGGAAGUGCUAGAUCUAAGCUAUAAUAAUUUGGAAAGCUUUCAACUAGUGCAAGAAUUAGCUAGUUUGAGAAAUUUGGAAGUGCUAGAUGUAAGCUACAAUCAUUUGGAAAGCUUUGAACUAGUGCAAGGUACUUCAUUAACUUGCUGA